CCUGAAAGCGUCACGGCAGCGGAUGUAGCUGCAGUAGUCUACCGUACAUCGGCAACCAUGUAGCGUUGAGAGCAGAAAAUAUCUUCCCCCGACUAGCUAAGUAUCACACCCUCACAGUCAUACUCGUUGCCAUGAAGUAACAGUUUAUCAAAAAAAAAUAUGUGUCUGUGAAGAUAACUCGACGCCCGGACGGAAAUAACAAGGCGAGGGAGUCGAGUGUGAACCGAAACCUGUAACAGAGGCAAUAUCUGCCCUCGCCUGGACGCUCGGAAGGGGGACGUUCUGCUGUUCUUGUUAUUUAUUAGCUUGCCUCGGCGUUUUAUCAGCUUUUUUGGGGGGAAAUGACUGCGUCCAUGCUGCCCAGCGUCUUUUAGACUCCCGAGGAAAGGGCGUGUAACGAUAACGGAUACCGGGGGGGUUUGUAGUUUGCACCAGGUCUGGCUGUUCGCGUUACCGCCCCAUUUUUCCCCCUCCCGUGUUGUAGUAACGCUAACAGCACGGUCGGCAGCAGGCUGUAGGUACUGUACAGUGGUUUUGGGGUUGGACUGCAACCGAAGUCUGCUCGCACCAUGGGGAAUACGACGUCCUGCUGCGUGUCGUCGAGCCCGAAACACCGGAGGAACAACCACUCCAGGCUCGAGCCCUACCGGCCGGAGCCGGAGCUGAGCCGGGAGGACACAGCCUGCAACCUCCAGCACAUCAGCGACAGAGAAAAUUUAGACGAUCUGCCCAUGGAGUACAAUCCCUCAGAUCAUCCCCGGGCCAGUACUAUCUUCCUCAGCAAGUCACAGACUGAUGUUGCUGUGCCCAACAAAAAAGUUCGAGAAAAACGGAAAAGCCUUUACAUCAACCAUUUCACACACAUUUCGGAGAACAAGCAUCAUCCAGGCCCAGUAAGACGGAAGUACAGCUCAUGUUCCACCAUAUUCCUUGAUGACAGCACUGUCAGUCAGCCCAACCUCAAAUACACCAUCAAGUGUGUAGCCCUCGCAAUAUACUACCACAUAAAGAACAGAGAUGUCGACGGAAGAAUGUUGUUAGACAUUUUCGAUGAGAAGCUACAUCCACUCUCGAAGACGGAGAUUCCUCCUGAUUAUGACAAACACGACCCUGAGCAGAAACAGAUCUACCGAUUCGUCAGGACGCUGUUCAGUGCCGCACAGCUCACUGCUGAGUGUGCCAUUGUCACGCUGGUGUAUUUGGAGAGGCUCCUGACCUACGCUGAGAUCGACAUUUGCCCUGCCAACUGGAAGCGUAUCGUGUUAGGAGCCAUCCUCCUGGCAUCGAAGGUCUGGGAUGACCAGGCGGUCUGGAAUGUCGACUACUGCCAAAUUCUCAAGGAUAUCACUGUGGAGGACAUGAAUGAGCUGGAGCGUCAGUUCCUGGAGCUGCUGCAGUUCAACAUCAAUGUUCCGUCCAGCGUCUACGCCAAGUAUUACUUUGACCUGCGCUCACUGGCUGAGGCCAACAACCUCAGCUUUCCCCUGGAACCCCUCAGCAGGGACAAAGCCCAGAAACUAGAGGCCAUCUCGCGGUUGUGUGAUGACAAAUACAAGGACUUGAGGAAACAAGCCAAGAAGCGGUCAGUGAGCGCAGACAACCUGACUGUGGUGCGGUGGUGUCCAGCCAUCAUCUCCUAACACUGGCUGCCUGCGGCACGGAGUCUGUCAGACAAUACUGUACUGCAUUUUCUGCCUGGUAAGCAGGCAAACCAGGUGGGCAGCAGCCCUGUGGAUUAGUGGGUCUGUCUGGAAUACACACACAUGUACACACAUGCACACACACUCACACAAUCUUGCACUUUCAAGUGUGAUUGCACCCUCUCUGGUCGUUGUACAUAAAAGAAGUCCCACUCGCUGCCUGCACUGAACCAAACAGAGCUGAGCUGAACCAAACUGAAGUAUGUGAUUGAACGUUGUUGGUAUGACAACCUUGACUGCAGAAGAAAAAAGGGGACAAACAGAAAUACAGCUGACAACACGAGAGACUGUGUGAAGUUGGCAAAAGAAGAUAGGAGCAAGCUACAUGCGAAGCAGCGACGGCGUUCCAUAAUUCCCUCUGAGGCUAGUCUGGCUUGUGCAGUUGAUUGAGGGAAGCCGUGUACAUUCCUUUCAUUUUAAUCUCCUGCUUCAGUUUCUCAGCUGAGGCAGGAGGUGAUUUUUUUUUGUUGACAGCGUACAGGCACAUUUUAAAAUUUUAAAAUGCUCAAUUCCUCAAUUUGUGUCAGUGUUUUGUUGGUGUUUAUCUAUUCUUUUGCAUUCCCAUCCAGCCAAAACCUCUGCUAGCAGAUCGACAAACGAAAGACACGUACAUUCCACUGCUCACCGGAGUGUACAGCUGAUGCAGUUAACUGGACUACAUAUCGCUCACUCUCCUGACAAAAAUAUCCCACCGAGUCUUCAUUUACAUUGUAGCCAUUUAGCUGAAGAGCGCCAACAUUGGAAAAAAGCAAGUCGGUGUUCAGCUCAGCUGCGCUUUGACAGGCCCUGGGAAUUCAAAUGUUUCUGUUCCAGUUAGAGAGCAGCUUCUCAUAUACAGCUCUCCACAGAAAGCAAUACUCAUGCAUUGCAUUGUUGUAGUGAUUAAAAUACGAUGAAGCAUGCAUUCUUGGGAGAAGACUGGCUGGAAAAAUCACUGCCCUCGGUCAGAUGUGUGACAUACUGUAGAGCUUACGUUGUACUUAAUUCACUGCCAUUGUCCUGACCUGUGGUGCCUGUAAUAAGCUAGUUUAACACUUCUCCCCCCUUUCUACUGAUGGAACAGAACAAAUAACCGAAGUAUUUUUUUUUUCUUCUUUAACAUUUUGUACGGUUCUUCCAGCAUACAAAGAAAUAGCACAAAUGGUAUAUUGACACGUAGGAGCCACUAAAAGCAUGAUUCUUGAGGGUUGUUUUUUUGGUGUUUUGGAAUAGAGCAAAAUGAAUGGAAAAAAAAGCAUUAAGUGACGAUUCAAACACUGCAUACAAAAAGAUAGAUUGUAUACAUUGUGCUAAAUUGUCUCUGUACAGUGUAAAUACAGCGCCAGUGUGCAAAAUCUACAGACUGAGUUCAUACUGUAAAAAGAAAACAGAAAGAUGGUAGAAUAUUUAUAUUGGAUCAGUUUUUACUGUACACGAGGGGGACGGUUAAUAAGUUUGACUCCUUGUUCCGAUGACAAAUCAAGUAAAGACAAAGUAUUAAGAUUUAAAUGGGAGACACCACUUAAGAUUUUUUGUCUGUUCUCUUGUUACAAUGUUUUCUCACUUCAGAAAAUGCCAGGUUUUUAUGUGUUACAUAGUGUAUAUGGUAUAUAGACAAUUCAAGACAAUUCAGGCUUAUUGUAUGAUUUGUAGUAAUUUUUUUUUAACCCUACUGUGUGGAAGCAUUGCCGGAUUUGUAUGGGUUUUUUUUAUGGAGCCCCACAGCUGACAACAUUUUGUAAAAGGUUAUCAAGUAAAAAACACAACAUAAAUAAAUGCAUCGAUAAAUAGUAUUCAUUAUUUUGUAAAAUAAGUAAAUAUGAAACCUCCAUAGUAAUAAUCAACCUUGUUUGCAGGUAAGGGUUCCUUGUAAACAGUUUAACAGAAGUCUCUUUUAUAAUGGUUGUCUUUUGGGAAAAUGGAUUUCAAUUAAAAGGGGUUUUUGCAUUGUAGUGCCUUGAGCUGAGAAAUACAGUAAAAAAAAAUGUUUUCAGUUAGCUCAACUUAUUAAUGGUAAAGGAUCAGUAUUAAUGGUUUCUAUUUUUUACCAACUGAUUGAAUAAUAGACAAAAAGUCUACUCUUUUCUUGUCUAACCUUACACUAGAAUUAUUUAUUAAUGUGUUCAUUCGACCUUUUACAACAUUUUGUCUGUUUUGGGACUCUGUAGUGUUUCAUGAACAAAUCUCUUCCUGAUUUUGCCAUUUCCUUACAUUUCUCAAAUCCGAAACAAGACAAUACACACAGAUGAUGUAGAUGGAAAACUUAAAUCAUUGAGUUGACUGGCUUAUUCAUUCAAGUUUUCACACUGUUGAUAAAAAGUGUGAAGUAAUGCCUCUAUAAUAUAAACCUUUUAAUAGUGGUCGCUUGCCUUAUGAUCAACUGGAUUCACAUUUUCCUCCAAUACAUCAUUAAAAUAGGCAGUUAACUGUAGUCUUAAAAAUAUCAUGACAUAACCUGGAAAUGUCUGAUAAAGGCACAAAUAGAUCGUAUUUUAUUGCUUUUUUCCUUCGUAACACAAAAAGCUCAGAGAAAGGUCCAAACUAAUUCACUGGCAACUUCCACGUCUGAGAUGAAAGUUCUGAUGUUUGUCAAGCCACUAGAGAAUCAGCCAGCCAGUCUGAGCAGCAGAUGUGAGAAAGGAAACUGCACCAAAGUCAUGGAGGAAAUGAAGGACGAUCCUGUCCACCGCGUUGCUCGGACCCAGCACAUGAAGUUUAUGAAAAGGUGUCGGGGGACUUUGGAAGGAGAGCUGUCGAUCUGCACGGUGCUUUGAACGAGUGAGAAAUGAGGUGCAAACGUCAUUUAUCUUUAGGAAAGUGACGUUACUGGAGUCGCUGUUGUGAGUUCAAACUGUUUGAGAUAUUCAAAGAUUGUAUAUCCUAUUUAUUGUAUGUGUGUGUGCAUACAGCCCACGUCCGGUGUUUUCCGGACACGGAGGUGCAAGCGUUGACGCCAUGCGGUCAACCUAUGGUGAGUCCUGGGAUGGAACACUGACUCCAACAGCAAACAGCUUGGGCCUGUGGCGUCCUGUCGGCUGGUUAGGUGUGCGUCAUAGCCCUGUGCACUGAACUCUACCUCUGCAUAGAGUUUUACUUUUCUCUCAAGUUCUUUUUUUUUCUUCCUCUCUUCAGCGACAAUUUUUUUUGGAUUCCACCGAUUCAUCUUUGAUCAUGACGAUUUUCCUGUGCUAACAUCAGUCAACUGCUGUGACCGUUUCCUCUUUGAACGAUAUUUUCAACAAGUUGUACUGUAUUAAGUUGUUACUGUCGUUAUUGCCAUCGUAUUAUUUUCUUGUCAGCGAGUCAGUCAUUCUAUGUUCUCAGUUUGCCAAACUCAGAUCUCUGUCUCUCUCUCUCUCUGUUCUCUCUGUAUGAUUUAAACUAUGAUUUAUAGAAACUGCUCCCAAUUCUUCUCUUCUAAAGCAAUGUUUAGAAAACCCUGUGCAAGAAUUAAACUUUAAAACCUUGCAAUAAAUCCA